CUAUUCCCCUUCAUUUCACACUCUGCUUGAAGCUGAGAUAUCCCCUCCCCUCCCCCGCGGAGCUGAGCUGAACCACAACCAGCCAGGCCAGUCCAGUGGUGGUCUCAGACUUCCAUUCUCUUCAGCUGAAACGUUCUCUCUCUCUCUCACGGCGGAUUUUCGGAACCGGAAAAUGGAAAUCAGCUGCCCGAUCGAUGAGCAGUACGCCUCCGAGAUAUCCGCUCUCCUCAAGCCUCCUCCUCCUCCUCACCUAGUUCAGGAGUACUAUGAUCAGCUUCUGGAGUCGAGGCAAUGCCACAGUAUUAGAGUCAAGCAGGAAGGUGAAUUCGGGAAAGGUGUAUAUGCAAAUGCUGAUUUUAAGGAAGGAGAGCUUCUUCUAAGAGAUGAAAUGCUUUUUGGGUGCCAACAUUCCUCAAAUAAGAUUGACUGUCUAGUAUGUAGCUUCUGUUUCUGCUUUAUUGGAUCGAUAGAACUUCAAAUUGGAAGAAGAUUGUACUUCCAAGAUGUAGGAGUUCAUCCGCAUCAUGGAUGUGGAGCGGAAACCUUCUCGGGUAUCUCCAACAAUCACCAGGGAUCCGAUUCAUCCAACGGAGAAGACAUCCCUUACGGUGAGAGUUAUGAUAAUAUGGAAACAUGUGGGCCCAGUAGCAAGGCAGAAAUAAUCCCUCUCCCAAAGGAAAUUGUUCAAUCACUAAUGAAUGGUGAAUUGAAGCUACCCUGCUCAGAGAAGUUUUAUUUGCCUUCAGUUGUUCCAUGUUCGGGGGGAUGCAAAGAAGCUUACUACUGCAGCAAACAAUGUGCAGAGGCUGACUGGAGUUCAUUUCAUUCAUUACUUUGCACUGGCGAGAGGUCAGAAGCAUCAUCUAGAGAGGUCCUUGUACAAUUCAUAAAACAUGCCAAUGAAACAAAUGAUAUCUUUCUUCUUGCUGCCAAGGCCAUCUCUUUCACCAUUUUAAGAUAUAGGAAGUUGAAAGCAGCUCGUCUCAGUCAACGAGCAUCACUGAACAUCUCAAACAGCUGUGAUCUGUCGUUACUUAUGGAGGCAUGGAGACCAAUAUCUGUAGGACACAAGAAAAGGUGGUGGGAAUGCGUUGCGCUGCCAGAGGAUGUAGCUUCUUCCGAUGAAGCAGCAUUCAGGAUGCAAAUAAAAGAUCUAGCAUUUACGUCUCUACAACUCCUGAGGGCAGCUAUCUUUGACAGAGAAUGUGCCCUCCUAUUUUCACUUGAAAUAUAUGGGCAUAUCAUUGGCAUGUUUGAGCUGAAUAAUCUUGAUCUCGUUGUAGCAUCUCCGGUGGAAGAUUACUUUUUGUAUAUAGACGAUCGACCGUCUUCUGAAAAGGAAGAAGCUGAGAAAGUUACUCGGCCAAUUCUGGAUGCUCUUAGAGAUGAGUAUGCGGUUAUUUGUGAAGGUUCUGCAUUCUUCCCCUUGCAAAGUUGUAUGAACCAUUCUUGCCGUCCCAAUGCAAAAGCUUUCAAAAGAGACGAGGAUAGAGAUGGCCGAGCAACUAUAAUUGCCCAAAUACCCAUUCGAUGUGGCGACGAGGUCACCAUUUCAUACAUCGAUGAGGACCUUACUUUCGAAGAGAGGCAAGCAGCACUUGCAGAUUAUGGCUUCAUCUGCAGAUGUUCAAAGUGCCAAGAAGAAGAAACUUAACCGUCGAGUUCCUUUAAUGCUGAGAACAUAGAGAUCGGGAGAGAGAAUCGUGUGUCGGGUCAGCCACACACCUCUAUUUAUAUACUUUACUGAAUUUAAUUACACAAAGAAUAGAAAGUAAAGACUAUUUACAUUUAAGUCCCUAAUCUAUUCACUUCUAUAUAUUUAACACCUGCUGAAGCUGGAGCAUAUAUAUUGUGUAUGCCUAGCUUGUUUCAAAUA